AUGGCAGCAGGACCAUUCAUCAUCAACUGCUCGCAGCCCGUCAACGACAAGAUCUUCGACAUCCAGGCCUUCGAGAAGUUCCUGCACGACCGCAUCAAAGUCGAUGGCCGCACCGGAAACCUCGGCGACACGAUCCAGAUCUCGCAGCAGGCCGAUGGCAAGAUCGAGGUCAUUGCGCACCAGGAGUUCUCUGGCCGCUACCUCAAAUAUCUGACCAAGAAGUUCCUCAAGAAGCAGCAGCUUCGCGACUGGCUCCGCGUCGUUUCCACCUCCAAGGGCGUGUACGAACUCCGCUUCUUCAACGUUGUCAACGACGAGGCGGACGAGGAUGAGGACUAGAUACCGCACUGCGGAUACUUGGGAUGACUUGCAUGGAGUCGGAGGCUCGAAAAGCGGAUUGGGCAGUGGUUUUCUAGAGGGCACAUAGAGCAAUUUCAAAUGCGAUUGCCGAUACCCUCUUGUUUCGUUCCGUGUUUGAAUUUGGAUAGCAUACACUUCGCGUUGUGUUAACAGGACGUUUAGGUACGGAGCAGACUCCGUCUCACCCCUUAACGCCGCUAUCUCCUCUACAGCCCGAAGCCUCAUGAUACCCUCCAAUAGUAAAUCACCGGGCUCGUACUUAGCCCUCGAAUAGGUAUAACAUAGCAGUCGCCUUCCAAUGUAUGCAUCGCUAAGACCGAC